AUGGCAUUUCGCGGGGAGCGCUUUGUCCUCGAUCUCGACGACGACGACGACGAGAAUGGCCCCCCGCCCUCCAUCCCCGACCGUUCCCGCGCGGGGCCAUCGCUCGACCUGAUCGGCGACAUCAUGGAACGCACCCCGGCUGCCCCUCCUUCUGCUCCAAAGCCCACAUCCUCAGCCUCAACCGGAUUCCCUGCCCAUAAGAAUCGCGUGCGACAGUCGGCCUUCAAGCAACGACGGACAGGGACAGCCCAGGAGGCGAAGAGUCCUCCCCCUGCUGAGCAACCCUCAACAGACACAAGACAGGAACCAAUGUCGAUAGAGGAAGAGAAGAAGUCGAUCGAUGAGGAGAAUCGACGGCGUCUGGCAGCCAUGUCACCGGAGCAGAUUGAGAAGGAACGGGCUGAGUUGAUGGCCGGCUUAUCGCCAUCGCUGAUUGAGAGGCUGCUGCGGAGGGCCAACAUUGACGAUGAACCACAGACACAACCAUCGCGCAAGUCGCCCAAUGCACAGGCUCCGCCGCAGAAGCAAGAACCGGAUACUCGAAAGGAGCCUGCGAAACAAGCGAAAUCGGUCUCCUUUGACAUUCCUGAACCCGAAGAACAGGCCCCAACACCCGACGAUUCGUCCAAGUCCCCAUCAGAUACCCCUGCCCAUACACAGGCAGCCCCAUCGGCAUCGACUGCGGCCGCAAUUGACGAACUUCCUCCUCCACACCCGCCGCCUGACUUGCGACCAGCCUCAGAGAUCCCAUCCGGUCCCAUUCACUUCCCCACCCCGCCUCCGCGACAGGACCCCAUGCCCAACCUCGACCCCUCCUCCCCGUCCUUCCUUGAAGACCUUCAGAAACAUUACUUCCCUGACACUCCUCACGACCCUUCGUCGUUGUCAUGGCUCAAGCCCCCCUCCAGAGACCCGGAUGACCCGGAUACGCAGUCUCCAUACCAUCCUGCCAGCCAAGCCACGGCCGUUGCUCCUUCUUCUGUCCGCUUCUCUCUGACCGGGACGAUCCUCUCGCCAGCCACAUCCUUGUCAUUGCCGACGACCCUGGGGCUGCAUCAUCACGCAAAGGACCCCGAAGCGGCCGGCUAUACCAUCCCCGAACUGUCGAUCCUGAGCCGCUCGACCGUUCCAGCCCAGAGAUGCAUCGCAUGGCAGGUCAUCGGACGCAUCCUCUUCCGCCUAGGCAAGGGCGAGUUCGGGGAGCCAGGAAGCACAUUAGUCGAGGGGCUCUGGAGCGUCAUCGAGCGCGAGCGCGUCGUGGAGCGAAUGCUCGAAGAAGCCGAAGGCGGCGACUCAGAGAAGAACAAGGAGAGCGGAGGAGGAGCAGCACGUCUCGGACGGCAUGCCAGUGCCAAGGCGUGGGCAGUAGAAGGGGUCUGGCUGUGGCAGACGGGUGGAGGAGGAGACCGUGGGAUUUUGAAAGACGGAGCCGUCCGAUCUCGAUAA